GACCAGCGGAAGCCUGGCCUGGGAGCCAGGAUGGCCAUCCACAACACCUUGCUGAUGUGUCUAGGACUGCCUUUGCUCUUUCCCGGGGCCUGGGCCCAGAGCCAUGCCCCACCUGGCUGCAGCCCGGACCUGGAUCCGAUCUACUACAACCUUUGUGACCGCUCUGGGGCUUGGGGCAUCGUCCUGGGCGUGGCCGGGGCAGGCGUCAUCACAACAUUUGUGCUCACCAUCAUCCUUGUGGCCAGCCUGCCAUUUGUGCAGGACACGAAGAAGCGGAGCCUCCUGGGGACCCAGGUGUUCUUCCUGCUGGGCACCCUGGGCCUCUUCUGCCUCGUGUUUGCCUGCGUGGUAAAGCCUGAUUUCUCCACCUGCGCCUCUCGACGCUUCCUCUUUGGGGUCCUGUUUGCCAUCUGCUUCUCCUGCCUGAUAGCCCAUGUCUUUGCCCUUAACUUCCUGGCCCGGAAGAACCAUGGGCCGGGCUGGGUGAUCUUCACUGUGGCCCUGCUUCUCACCCUUGUAGAGGUCAUCAUCAACACCGAGUGGCUGAUCAUCACCCUGGUACGGGGAGGUGGCCAGGUUGGCCCUCUGGGCAAUGGCAGUGGCAGUGCCGGACUGGACCAUGACCUCCCCUGUGCCAUCGCCAACAUGGACUUUGUCAUGGCACUCAUCUACGUAAUGCUGCUACUGCUGGGAUCCUUCCUAGGAGCCUGGCCCACCUUGUGUGGCCGCUUUAAGCGCUGGCGGAAGCACGGGGUCUUUGUGCUGCUUACCACGUCCCUCUCCAUUGCCAUCUGGGUGGUGUGGAUUGUCAUGUACACCUAUGGCAAUAAGCAGCACCAUAGCCCCACCUGGGAUGACCCCACCCUGGCCAUUGCCCUCGCUGCCAAUGCCUGGACUUUUGUCCUCUUCUAUGUCAUCCCCGAGGUCUCCCAGGUGACCAAACCCAGCCCAGAACAGAGCUACCAGGGGGACAUGUACCCUACCCGCGGCGUGGGCUACGAGACCAUCCUGAAAGAGCAGACGGGCCAGAGCAUGUUUGUGGAGAACAAAGCAUUUUCCAUGGACGAGCCAGCCUCAGCCAAGAGACCCGUGUCACCUUACAGUGGCUACAAUGGGCAGCUGCUGACGAGUGUGUACCAGCCCACUGAGAUGGCCCUGAUGCACAAAGGCCCGUCCGAAGGCGCUUAUGACGUCAUCCUCCCACGGGCCACCGCCAACAGCCAGGUGAUGGGCAGUGCCAACUCAACCCUGCGAGCUGAAGACAUGUACGUGGUCCAGAGCCACCAGGUGGCCACACCACCGAAAGACAGCAAGAUCUCUCAGGAUCAGUCCCCGAAAAGCAAAACGAGAUGGUAGAUGCCCUCUUCCCUGGACCACACCUCAUCCGGAUACCCUCAUUGCUCUGCACCCAGCUGAGCAGGGCUCAGCAGUUUACCCACCUUUGUCCUUGGAGCUGGGAGGGACCAGAGGCUACCAAUCGGAAGCAUUGGACUGAGUGGGGACCUGAGGAUAGACCUGACGCCUGUGACUGGGGCUCAUAGGAUCAUCUGCCCUCUUGCCCAUCCUAGCCUCCCGGUCCCCAUGUGACUGCGGCUACAGGGAGCUAACGGCUGACUCCUAUCUCCUGCCUUCACACCUCCCCCAAGUCACGGAGUCUGUGUCCCCAUGUGGUUCUCCAGGUGGUUGUUGCCCCGCUGUGAACACCAGGUGUGUGAUGCCACUGUUUUGACUCUGGACCUUCUUGGCCAUGUUGGUAAUCCAUCAGUGUGUCUGUCACACAAUGCCCGUCAGAUGCAUCUCUGAGUCUCUAGAGGCAAGCCACACAGAAGUCAUCCCUUGCCCUACUCACAGUCUUCUCCCAUCUUCUAGACUGUGGAAGGUCACAAGCGAGGAGCAGAGCCCAGCUUGGGCAGGUUGUUUCUCAUGACCUGAGGGUCCCGGGUCCCGGCACCUUUGUGCCUGGAUGGCGUCUACCCUACCUUCAGUGAGCUGGGUCCCCUCACCAGGGCAAGACCAUUCUUUCUGCCUGCCCUGCCCUCCCCACUGCCCAUCAGCACUGGGGAUGGGGAUUACAACACUUGUCCCAACUGGGCAAGCUUUCCUGUUGUCCAGCACUGCCGCACAGAGAGCCCCGCAUAAGAGUCGAAGAGCUGGCGGGCCCCUGUGUUGCUUAGAGCUUUGCAUUAUUUAUGUACCUUGGUUAACCCCCUGGCCGCAUCUUCCCAGUCUGCUUUUGGCUUCUGUGUCGGCUCCCAGGAUGGCUCCUAAGACAGGUGCAGCGGUGGAAUUACCUGGAUCUCGUGGGUUCUGGAGGUACUUGCUGGGACUACUUGGACAUACGUGGUUGGGGCCUGGGAGCACCCUUAGGAGACAGUGGGUGGGAGUCAGGGCUGCAUUCUCAGGGUGACUUGAACCUUUCCUAUGUCGGACGUGGGGUCCAGGACUGGAGAUUGCUUGUGGGAAGAUAGUUUCUACCUCAGCUUGGGCAGCAGAUGUCCUUGGGACGCCUGGACAAGCCCUGCUGCUUUUUAUCACUAGAGGAACCUCUAGUGUCCUUGGCCUUAGGACAUGCACCUGAGGAACCCGAAGGCCACCCACGUCAGAGAGGGUCAUUUCCGGGCCUGCGAGCUGCUGGCACCCAUGACUGAGAUGAUCAUAGUACCAGACUCUGGGGACAAGAUCUCCACAGCAUCAUCCUUUGUUCUACCCUUGGGUACCAGACAGAGCCUCCUCCAGGCCCUCCCCAAGUGUGCCCUGGAACCUGGCCUUUAGUACAGCUCUACGUAGUGCUGAGGUAGAGGUUUCCCAUGAAGGUGCCUCACGCUUAGUCCAUGGCUUCCAUGCAGUCCCCUAGCAGCCUGUGCCUUUUAUCAUUGGGUAGUAGGUCCCCACGGAGUGGGACUACACCUCCAAAUGUGACUCCUGGCUUGACCUCUCUGUUGAAUGAGGAUUUUCCAUCUAUGAGUAAUACACUAUUCAACCCCCCCCCCCCCACACACACACACAAAGGAAGGGGGAAAUCCAUGCACCUCACACUGCCCUUGAUCUAGAGCUCUGAGAUCUGCCACAUCGAGGAAGGGAUUAUUUGCUGUCCUAAGUGCGUCUUUUAGAACUCCAAAAGCACCAGAUGCCUAGGCGUCUGCUGGCUGUGGUUGUGUUUAUAGCCCAAGUCCUUGCUGCAGCUGCAGCUGAGGGGUCAUGGGCUUCUGGGAGAUGCAGCUCUGCCUGGGUGCAGGAAGUACCCAUGGUACGUACUUACCCUGCAUCUUCCAGUUCCGGUUCCAGUGAGAACUCCAUUUUUAGGAGGUUUGGGGACCUCCUAGUUAGCAGCGCCGUAUCACACUCAAGCCUUGAGUGGGAGACAACGAGAAGGCUGAGGUCUGGUUCAAGUUCAUCCUUCACAGGCCAGUCCCUUGGUAGAUGUCAUGCCAACACUGUUAAAUCCUACAGUGGGUGUCAAUGGGGGUUCAAUUUUGUAACUACUCGGAAUUAAAUGACUGCCCUUUCUUUGCGAGGGCUUAACGCC